AUGCAGACGGUUGCCGGUCCGUCACGGCUACACCCAUCAAUCAUCCAUCCCAUCCAUCUCAAUGGUAGGCACCAAACUAAACUUGACCACCUUGGCCGCCUUGACCGCCUCCCAACCGCUGAGACAGACACAGGUCUCAGGUCCUCCGUAAACGGGGGCCAUAGGAGCUAUGAGGAGUUCACUGAAUCCUUCCAUUAUUCAUCACUCCCCACCGAAUCCGCUCUCUCCACUCUCUCACCGGAGGAAGAAGACGAUGUUAAGUUGAACGAUGUCCCCGAGCCAAUUCAAGUGCGCCCGACAAACAGCCCCGCCGACCUAACCAAUAACUGUUCUCUUCCCUCCCUGGCCGUAUCAUGUACCUCUCUUGUAUUUCUAAUGGUCAAGGAAGAGAGGAGACAUUACGUGAGGGUGUCGCAGAGAUAA